UUUGCGUAUCUGUAAAACACUAUCAGAUUUCACCUCCUCCUCUUAAGACACACCAAGAAAGCAUCACAGGUUGAUGAACUUCUAAGAAUUUCCCACCUCAUACAUGUGCAGUCUGAGAGAUGCAGACCAAGAAUGGUGAUCACACAGAGUCUAUUUCAGUGAGCCACUCACAUGAGCCCUGAAAUCUAUAUAUCUGCCCUCUUUCGUCCCUUGUGUCACAGACAAGGGCACUCUUGACCAUUUGAAACCCACUUUUAAAAGAUCUAACAAGGAGGAACUAGGACUGUCUACCAUGUCUGAAACCGCCCAUUCGAAACCAAAGCCAAAGAUCUCUGCAUCUCGUAGACUGUUCUUGAAGACCAAACUGUUAAAGAAGGCAAUGACCAUGCUGGAGGAUGAAAAGCAAGACAGACAGGCUGAUCGAGAGAGGAUCCUAGAAGAGAGACAUCCAGCCCUCCAACUGGCAGGCCUGUCGAUGCAGGAGCUACAGAAUCUUUGCAAAGAGCUCCACCAGAAAAUUGACAUGGUCGAUGAAGAGCGCUACGACACUGCUAGCAAAGUGGCAAUAAAUGAGAAAGAGAUACAAAACUUGUCUCAAAAGAUCUUUGAGCUGAAGGGCAAGAUGAAGAGACCGAACCUGAGGAAGGUGAGAGUGUCUGCAGGAGCCAUGCUGGGAGCCCUGCUCGGGGCGAAGGUGAAAGAGUCAGUAGACUUCAAGGCAAACCUAAAAACUGUGAAGAAAGAGGAGGAAAAGAAAGAAGAAGUGACUGACUGGCGUAAGAACGUGGAUGCCAUGUCUGGGAUGGAGGGCAGAAAAAAGCUGUUUGAUGCUGCCCAGUAGAUUUGUGAUGACGUCACAGUAGUCACUGCUGUAGAGGGACUACCACUCUGUAGAUUCAGUAUAAAUUCUCAUACAGUUUGGAUUUGUAGACGACAAACUGACCAUGCUGACUAUGGGAUCAUUUUUGCUGAAUACUCAUUAAUGCAUAAUGUGUAUUCAACUCUAUUUGUGUCUGUUCCACUUAAGAAAUAUUACCGUACUAUUUCACCUUUUCUUCUUCAUUAUAGACUUCAAAAUCAAACAGCCAUAGGACAACGUAUGUAAAACAGUCUUAAGAGUGUCCUAAAAGCUUACACUUCUUUGUUUUACUUGAUUAAAAUGACAACGAAUAAACAUUCUAAUAGCAGUUUAUACUGGAACCGGCCAAUCGUUAUUCACACUGAGGUGCUUAUCCUUGAAAAUAUAUGGAAAACUAAUGUGCAUUAUUGAGAUAAACCAGUCUUAUGAUUUAUGUCUAAAAGAAACACAUCUGAAAGUUCAGAGUACUGUUGUUUUUAUUGAGAACACUUGCAAAAUGUCUGUGUAUCCUCAAAAAUACUUGCAGUACCUUUACUGUAUUUUCUUGGUGUCUGAUGUAAAAUGUUGCUAUUCACAUCUUAGAACUGUUUUAUAAAAAUAUGUCUAACAUUUUAGUACAUGUACCAGUUUUUUGCACUCUGCAAAAAAUCUAAAUAAACUACAUCAUAAUUUAA